AUUGAAGGGGGGGGAAAGAAUGAUAAAGAAGAGUGGCAAGAUCUUGUCUUGUGCCUGCCCCUCUCUGUUAAGCAACAUGACUGUUCAAUAUCUAAAAAGAAAGGACAUGAAGGAAGAUAGAAUAAGCCAAUUACCAGAUGAUUUGAUCAGUCAGAUACUUUCUCAUCUACCCACAAAGGAUGCUGUCCAGACAAGCGUUUUGUCCACCAGAUGGACAAGUCUCUGGCUUUGGCUUCCUCGUUUGGAGUUGUCGUCUUGGAACAUCCCAGAUUACAAUGCCAUGAGAAGUUCUGGUGACAGAUUUUUUGAUUCCAAUAGGGUUACAUCCAUAGACGUGCUCAAGUUAAGUAUUGUUUCCGGUGAAUAUAGAAACAUAGUUAACGAUGUCUCUUAUCUUACGUCAUGGAUUGCUGCUGCGAUUAAGCGUAGGAUCCAACAUCUAGAAGUUAAGCGUGAACCAUAUAAUUCUACGUAUCUUUAUGAGAUCCCUUUAAGCCUUUAUAAUUGUGACAGACUGGUAUCCUUGAAGCUUGAGAGAGCGGCAUUGGCUAGUGCCGAGUUUGUUUCCUUACCUUGUUUGAAGACUAUGCAUUUACGCAACAAUAGAUUUCCUAAUGAAACCACUUUCGAGGCACUUGUUUCAUGUUGUCCUGUCUUAGAAGAGUUAGAGAUUUUCGAUUUUUUUGAUCUUCUUAAAGUCUAUCGGGUGCAUUCUCAGUCACUGAAGAGGUUUGCUUUCAGACGGUUACGUUCAAAGAAGUUUUAUUUUGUUCCUGGACUUGUCAUUGAUGCUCCUCGGCUAUGCGGUUUGGAAAUAUUGGAUAGAGUAUCGAAUAUUUGGAAUAUCAUUAUAACAAACAGUCUUGGGUCCAUUGCCAAGUUACAUAUUACUCUCAGCUUUGGAUUGGGGGUUGACAACGAAGAAAGUGAUUCAUCGUGGAGUAGUCGCAUCCGCAGUUUUUUGUCCAAGAUCUCGAGGGUAAUGGAUAUGACCAUAUCUGCAGAAACUUUCAAGGUCAUUCAUCAGUAUUCCAAAUUAGAACCGCUGCCACCAUUUGGUUACAUGACACGCCUGUGCCUUCGUCUCCGUACAUCCGAAGUGAAAUGGUUGCCAACAUUCCUUGAGAGCUGCCCGAAUCUGAAAUCUCUCGUCUUGGAACGGGAUGAUAGUAUGUUAAGGGGAAGUGAACAUCUGCCAUGCGAAGAGAUGAAUCAAAUCAGUUUUGCAUCUGUGCCGGAGUGUUUGCGAUCAUCUCUCGAGUUUGUUGUAUUCGAAUUCCUAGGAGCUGUUGCUGAUUUUAAGCUAGGAAAGUACUUCCUAGAGAAUUCGGCAGUCCUCAAGAAGCUCACUCUACUUUCGUAUUCAUAUAAUGCAACUAAAGCUGAACUCUUCAAGAAAUUCCUCAGAUUGCCAAGACGCUCUCAUAAAUGUGAAGUCGUCACAAUUUGAUUGGUAAAGGUUUUAUGAUAUUUAGUGUAGAGAUAACUAAAAUAUGAGUAGUACUUGCUAUUUCCUAAUAAUUGGUUUCUAAA